AUGCCCCCACCGGGACCCGGCGGAUUUAUCCCUCCGCCACCCUUCAUGGGCUUACCUGGUGGCUUUAACGUCGGUGGAUCAGGGAUGACUCUUAACGGCGUCCCAGCAGGAGUCGUCGCACCUCAGAAGAGAAGCAAGCAUAAAGUGAAAGCUAAGGGCCAGCUACGAAGAGCCGGAGGGAAGAUAUGGGCUGAUCCAACCCUAUCAGAAUGGCCCAGCGAUGAUUUCCGGAUAUUCUGUGGCGACUUGGGUAACGAGGUAACGGAUGAGUUGUUGUUGAGCUCCUUCAAACAGUACUCUAGUUUGCAGAUGGCCAAGAUCGUUAGGGAUAAACGAUCGGGGAAAAGCAAAGGCUUUGGUUUCUUGAGCUUUCGCGAUCCCGAAGACAUGAUUAAGGCGUUGAAGGAGAUGAACCACAAAUACGUUGGUAACAGGCCUAUUACGUNNNNCUCCGCCGCCACCGGGACGUACUCGGCUGAUCUGAGUUCGUCUGCCGGCCGUCGCGACGAUUCACCACAUUUGGAUGAGUUUGUGAUGCACUCCUCCCUGGACGUAAUUGACGAGGCGAUAUGGAACACGAGUGACACCUUUUUUCCAAUGAUCGACCGCUUCAAUGACUUCCUCAUAUCGGCGUUUGUCGGUCCCUCGAAUGUACGCUUUCUACUCCUACAUCGGCAUACAUCUAUACGUUCCCCACAGCAAUUAGAACAGGACACGCAAAAUAUCCGAACGUUUUUUCAAGAGGUUCAUCUACUCUUCGUAAAGGUCCAAAUGAAUCCCCUGUAUGGAUUGAAGUGGACCGGCGGCCGACAAGUGCGGUGUAAGCACUUCGAUUCUGCUGUAAAAGAGCUAGGGAAGCGACUACUGCUGUGA